AUCUCCUCAGAGGCUCCGAGACGCCUCAGAGGCGGCGGCGGCGGCGGCGGCGGCGGCGGCGGCGACCGUUGGCCGAGCAGGCAAGCGGGAGGGUUCCUCCUUCUCCCGCGCUUUCCGGCUCCUUGUCUCGCCGCCAGCCGGCUUUUUCCCGGGCGCUCAGGGGAGGAGGAGGAAGAGAAGGAAGAAGAGGCGGCGGCGGGACGCCUUUGCUGCUCCGCCGGCCGGCCGGCUGGCUGGCCGCGGUUCCUCCCGCGCACCAUGCCGCGCGUCGUCCCGGACCAGCGGAGCAAGUUCGAGAACGAGGAGUUCUUCAGGAAGCUGAGUCGGGAGUGCGAGAUUAAAUAUACUGGCUUCAGGGACAGACCACAUGAAGAAAGACAGGCCAGGUUUCAGAAUGCAUGCCGGGAUGGACGAUCUGAGAUAGCUUUUGUGGCCACAGGAACCAAUCUGUCUCUCCAGUUUUUUCCGGCCAGCUGGCAGGGGGAGCAGCGGCAAACACCAACCCGAGAAUACGUUGACUUUGAAAGAGAAGGAGGCAAGGUCUACUUAAAAGCACCCAUGAUCCUUAAUGGGGUUUGUGUUAUUUGGAAAGGCUGGAUAGAUCUCCAAAGACUGGACGGCAUGGGCUGCCUAGAAUUUGAUGAGGAGCGAGCACAGCAGGAAGAUGCAUUAGCACAGCAGGCUUUUGAAGAAGCUCGGAGAAGAACUCGAGAAUUUGAAGACAGAGAUAGGUCUCAUCGGGAGGAAAUGGAGGUGAGAGUCUCACAGCUGCUGUCAGUUACUGGCAAGAAGACAACAAGACCCUAGUCCUGGAUCAAACCUGGGAAGUGGUGAUGAUCUCAAACUGCGUUGAGAGGCAGUGCUGCGCUUUUUAAACUUGGCAAAUUAUGGAAUAAAAAGACCAGAAACUGUGAUGAUUGCAUAUAUAUAUAUAUAUAUAUAUAUAUAUACAUAUAGAUAUAUAUAUAUAUGGAUAUCUAACCUUUUCCCUGAUCUGCGGCAGCCAAAGUAUCAUGUCCUGCCAUGGUUUGCACUAUGUUUGUGUUGCAUUACUUGUGUUCCUGUUCUUUAUGCAUGUCGCCAGUGGGAAUUUGAGAUUCUUGUUUUUUCUAUGCAAGCUUAUGAUUUCUUGGCACUAUUUUAGCAAAGAGAGAACUUUACGCAGCCAUAAAAACGUUCCUCAGCUGACACUUGUUCAUUUCAGGAUGGGUCCAAAUAAAUUUUUGUGAGUUCUUUAAAAACCAAAACUUUCUAAACUAAUUUUAUAUGAGAUGUUGGAAAUUUGUCCUAGUGUUCUUGCUUUUGACACACACUCUUUGUCGUUGUCUCUUUUUGCACUUUUUUUAUCAACUUGCAAAAGACUUUACCCUUUUACAUGAUGCAGCCUGAACCAAGUAAGACAAGUGUUUGUUGAUUUACUGAAUUACAUGGUUUUAUUUUUAAAAGUACGUUAGCAUCCUAUUAUUUUAGUUUACAUUUCCAGUGGCAAAAUGUUUAAAGGAAUCUUAACCUGUCAGCACCAUCUGCUGUAAAUUGAAUUCUGAGAUUGUACUUCUGAAAUCAAGACAUUUAAGCAAUGGUUCAGUGUGUACAAAAUCUCAUGCUGGUUUCAAGGUUCCUUUGUGUGUGUGUGUGUGCGCGUGUGUUUAUUUUCCAUUGAUUCAAUAUUUUCCAAUGGGAUUAAGCUUUUGGGUAACAUUAAUCAAUAUUCACUUUGCCCUUCUUCCAUUUAUUACUCAAGAAGUAUUCUCUGCUUUAUGUUGUAUCUAGUAGUUUUGCUCUGUUUAUCUAAGCAAUCCACUUGAACUACCUGCUUGCAAUAUUCAUUUAGACUUUUAGAGGGAGUAGAUAGUGGUCAUUGGCAGAAGAGUGGAUACUCCUUCUAGGUUGAAUCACGGUUGUCUGGUUUUCAGUUUUUCCAGUCUGCCGUCCACAUAAAAGCCAAGGCAAAAUGCAAGGGCGGGAUUUUGCCUGCUUACGUUUUGCAACAUUAACGUGCCUCCUUGGUCUUUCGAUAUUUUUAGCCAACAAAUAAAGGGCCUAUUUUGUUCAUCAUUGGGUAAUGCAGCAGUUGGUGUUUCUCAUUAAUUUUGGAACCCUGUCCCACUCCUCAGAAAGCCCAUCAAACACCCUCCAAGGACUUUAGAGCAUGAAUGAGCGGGCAAGAAGGUAAGCUAGCCAAGAUGUCCACUGGCCACAAACUGGGAAUUUGAGGUCUUCCGACUUCAGGGCUUCCUGCUUUUUAAAAAUUGACAUGGCACCAUUCCAAGUUGUGUAUGUUGGUUGGGCAGAUGAAUGCUGUGACCAGCUAUGGGUCCAAUCAGUAACUCAGCAUACAAAUGCUACUCUUCCUGGGGAAAGUCAAGGAGAGUUAUGUCAAAAAAACAACAACAACCCAACAACUUGGUGCUCGUUCUAAGAUCUCUUACAGGGUUCGGAGGGUGAGCUGGUGGCUAGGGAGGUAGAGCCCAAAUAAACCCACAGGAUGGGAGGCAGCAGGAUCCAAGUCAGAAAGGCUGGGGGCCUUUGCAGCAAGGAAAGGAAUCGACCCAAAAGAAAUGGCCUUUGCAGCUACAACCACCCCCUGACAGAUUUCUCCAAGCUGGCUGUUAAGGCUACACAUCAUUUGAACCUCAGGAUUUUAAAGUUCUACUUACUGACUUUAAUAAUGAUAUAACUGCAAUCAUCUCAUCUAAUUAUUUCUUAUCAGUUAUUUUUUUUUUUGUUUGCAUUUAUAUUUCUACUGUUUUGUAUAUAAUCCUCUUCUCCAAAAUAUUCUACUGAUCCCAGAAGAAUGAAUAAGAUGCAUUAUUUUUUUUUAAUAAUGGGAGCUGAAUUAGAAACAACUGCAAAUUUAUGUUAAUAGCUGGUGAAAUUCCCCAUAUGUGUCAACCCUGGAUUUUAUCUUUACUCUAACGGUUGAUUGUUGGUACUGUUCCCACAUAGAUCUCUAAGCAGAUCAUUGUCACACUUCUUUUUAUUAAUUUUGAUACUUUUUUUCAGUGUUUUUUAUAUUUUCCUUAAGAAAUAAGGCUUCGAAGAGUUUCUAGCUGCUGUUAUCAUCCAUAAUGUUCUGUUCCCUUUUAUUUGCAAAUAGCAUGAUGUUACCUGGUUGUUUCCAAUAUGAUUUGAGGGAGGAAAAAAAAACUUUAGGUAUGCAAACUAUAUUAUUGCAUAUUAACCUUUGUAUGUAAAUAUUUUUAUCCUGUUCCUUAGAACCAUGCUACUUAUGGUCAGUUCCAUUGAUCACAUUGGUUUAAUAAGGUGGGAUAUAUAAAGGGGAUUUGCCAUACUUUCAGGCAGUUCAUGAUAGAAUCAAUUAAAUCAAGACACCUAAAAUUGAUCAUAGUUUUCAAUUUCCAAUUGUUUAGAGAAUAAAGUAAAUUAUGAAAAACAUCACAAUUUUGCAGUCUAAUUUCUCCUUGACCUGAAGUUCAUUUUUUAAUUCGGAUUACACAUGAAGCUAUGGUUAAUUAGGAAUUUUCUGAUUUAAUGCCUUGUGAUGCAAAGGUUUAUUAAACCAAGGUAUGAUUGUCAGAAGAGGCCUCUAUAUCUUAAUGCUGGCAUUAAGAUCAACAAGUGUUUUCCUUCGCUAUUUUGUGCAAGCCUAUUGAACUUAAACAUUAAGUUAUUGAUGCAAUUUGAUAUUUUCAUAAUUUCUAUUUAAACAGAAGUUGCAUCAUCUUCAUAGAACAUCUUUUAAGAGUUGCCUUAAAGCAUCAACAUUGCUUUUGCUGUCUUUUUCUCUGUCAUGUUCAUAAUAAACUUCUGUGUAGUGAAA